UAAGUCCGCCUUCACGUUCUUUGAAGAUGGCAGCCGCCGUAAACACACCGACACCUGAGAGCGGUACAGGGAAGACUGAUGAAGGUGGAUAUGACCAAAAAUGUAUUUUCUGUAAAAUCGUGAAGAGGGAGAUGGGAACUGAGAUCCUGCACAAUGAUGAGACUGUAUCCUGCUUCAGAGAUAUACGCCCCGGAGCUCCUCAUCACUAUCUGGUUGUGCCGAAUAAACAUGUGGGCAAUUGUAAAUCUCUCAGAAAGGAGCAUAUGCCAUUAGUGGAGAAGAUGGUGGAUAUCGGGAAAGAGAUUCUUCAGAAGAACAAUGUAACUGAUUUAAAUGAUGUUAGGUUUGGCUUCCACUGGCCUCCUUUCUCCACUGUCACACAUCUGCAUCUCCAUGUUCUCGCACCCGUCAGUCAGAUGGGCUUCAUGUCACGCUUGGUCUACAGGCUAAACUCAUAUUGGUUCAUCACGGCAGACCAGUUACUCCAAAAUCUGAACUCUAUGAGCUAAGGAAGUGAGAGGAACUCAAAAUACAAUUGAUGUUUGAGAUGCCCAGAGCCAUAUUACACAUAACAACAGUCCAAGUCAAUCUGUUUGUGAUUACAAAAGGCCACAGACGAGUGCCUCGGGGUUAUAAUACUCAUUAAUGCUACUUUCAGUGUUGGUUAUGUCUACCAUACGGGCUAAUCAAAUUUGCAGCUACAGAAUUGUAGCUAUGUUUGAAUUGAUUUCAAAAA